AAAAAAUGUGCUUAUCACAGAAGUAAACCUGCUGAUAUAUUUUUUUCUUUUCUUUUUUUUAAUUUGUAGGUGGGUCUGAUCGGAGCUGUUUUGUGUUGUAAAAAAAUGAUGAGAAUUGAAGGAAAGGAGGAAAUGCAACAUUCUGACAAAAUUGAAGGGUAAGUGAUCUUUUGCAUCAGUUUAUAAAGAAAAUAUCAAAGAAAACAUCUCCAAGUUCUCUUCUAUGUGUCUGGUAGACCCAAAAGGUAAAAAGCGAUUGAUUACAAUGUGAGUUAUAUCCUAGUAAGUAACUAAUAAUUACCUUAUCGUUGACUGUUCACUUAUACUAACUCAGGAUGAUAUUUUUUAGGUAAGUGCCCUUGAAAUAAUUGGAAAUGGAAGAAGAGAUGAAGAGAAAGUAUUGUUAGACAAAAUGAGGUAAGAAAUUUAAUAAUGAACUUUGUACUUUCAUGUAACUCUUCAAGAACGUCUGCAAGGACUACCCAUUUUUAAAAUCCUGACUUAAUGAUCAAUGCAUGCCAAACUACAACAACCGAUCCAUGAUAAAACAUAGGAGGUUUGCAUAAAAGGGGUGCAUUCUUCGAGUGACAAAUUUUACUUUUUUUUCCCUUUGCAUGUCAAUUCAUGGAUACUUUUGGUAUAAAAAUUCAUAGGGUUCUGAACAUGGCCCAUUGUAGAAAAUUUCUACAUUAUAGCAGUUAUCAUAAAGCUUUAAUUGCUGAACCAUAACCCACUUGUGCAUUAUAAAUUAUAAUCAGUAGACAUUUAUGCAGGCCACCAAAAUCUUGAGAAAAUAGUCAAGAAAUAGUUAUUAAUCUUUCCAUGUGCUUGCCAUUUGCUUUCCACAAAUUUCAAAUUAGUUGUAAGCUGCGGGGGGGUGUAGGGUGCGGAGUGUAGGGAGAGGGGUAAAGAGGGAGAGGUCACUUCCUUAAAACAUUCCAAACUAUACACGUAAUGAAUGACUGGACCUAUUUUGUAUUCAAAGUGCAUCCUUCUGCGAAGCAUUUUAGUGUAAGAUUGAAAAUUGUCAUGUUGAUCUGGACAACAAAAUGAUAUAAGGUAAAAUAGAAUAAUAUAUUAUAGACAAAAGGAUACGUUUGCUUGAUUUUUUGAAAAUGAGUUGCAAACUCACCUCUGAGGGAGAGGGGAACUCGAUUCAAGAUUCCACGUGAUAUCCUGGGCUUCCAUAUCCCUGAUCCCAUACAGCUAUUUUGAGAAAGGUUGUCAAGAAAAAUGUGCACGCGACAAUCCCGAAAGGUAAUAUGGGAUAUGCGCAAUACACUGUUCCUGACACUGUAGCUGUCGAACCUACUUUUGUUGCUUUCCUUUAGCACUCACAGACAUAUGUCCAUGGCCUCUCCUGCCAUUCUUUCCAAUUUCUUUGAAAAACAGUGAACUCAAAACCACCCACAAUACCUUUCGGGGUUGUCGUCUUUCUCAAAAUAGCUGGAUAUCGUACAGUGCUUUUUAUCUGUCUACUUUAUUCCUGAUCAGUUUUGGUUGCAAGGUGAUACCUCUCUAAUGUUUUAGAGAAAGCAAUUCCAUGUAGUCUCCGAGGAAGAUAUUUACAGGACUGUUUGGCUAGUAUGGGAUUUAAAGGGUGGUACAUGCAGAGGAUAUCUUAGCUUAUCUCGGUAUGUCAAAGAUGACGCAGGCUAACAUAGUUAUUGUCUUCUGUCAGGCACAACUUAACAUAAUAUGGAAUGUGAAAAUGGUCUAUUUCUUUAGAAGCUAUUCUUUUGAAUUAAAGUAAGUAUUUUUCCUUUCCAAUGUUUUUAUCUUUGACGUUACAAUUAUAGAAUCAUACAAAUGCAAGUUAGCAGAUAAGAUAUGGUCAUUUCUUGGACACUACAAGUUGCCAUAGUGACACCAUUGUGAGCUACCUAAAUGCAUGUUCUACAACGUCCAUUCACCUACUUUUCAAAACCUCACGCCAGGAGAGGAUAUACAUUUAUUGAGCUUUUUUUCUUGCCCUGUGUAUUGGCUGCGAGACCUUUACGUUUGUUUGUUUGUUUGUUUGUUUAACCGAUUAAUUGAUAAUUCAAUCUAAUGAUAAUUUCCUUGAUGAGCAGGGUAGAUCAUUUGAAGUGAAAACUGAGUCUGGGAAGCCAGUGGAUAGAAAUCAAGGAAAAGAAACAAAGAAACUUCUUCGGAUCAAGUCACACAGAGGGAAUGUAAAGGUAAUGAGAUUGGAUGAUACAAUCCUGUGUUGAUGCCCUGAAUGAGUGCCAAAUUGAGUCAUAUAAAAUGCUUAUACAUGUAGCUGUUACAGAUCACACACAACAAGUAUUUCAUGCAAGGCAAAGUUCAAUCCCAAUAAUAAUAAUUGUUUUAAGUACGUUGGAUAUAAAGACAAGAUUAAUGAUAGUUAGCCAAUGACGUCAUGACUUGCCAGAAUGAUAGACUGACUGAACAAACAUGGAAGGAUGUGAGGAACAACUUGCGAGACGAAUGGAAAUGCAUCAGUGAAUCACACCCAAUAGUAUCAUGGGUUAACCAAAAGAUGACCAAUGAUGACGUCGUAACUGAUUUUGUGCCACGAGACUAGGACUUUGCUCUAACAGGACCUGUUGGGCAUUGUCAAUAUUCUAUGCCCCUUGUGCAGUGCAAAAUUGAAUUUUUGGCUGGGAACUUUGUGUGCUGGAUACCCUGGAUUUCGGAGAUUCCGAGAUUCAGUGCUCCCAAUAGUUUUCUUACAGCGCUGGCAUCUAAAAAUAAAUUUCUUGACUUGCGUUCGUGGCUGACUUGUGAAAAUUCUUGGGCAACUAAACUUGUCAGUUACUGAUCCACACUAUUGCAUUGAGAAAGAUGUGCUAAUCAUUAUACUAAAGCUGGUGAAUUGUUUAAUUUUUUGCAGUGGGAGAGCUGUUUUGGGCUGUAAAAAAGUGAUGAGAAAGUAAAGAAGAAUGCAAGAAACUGACAAUUUUUUAGGUUAGAUGAAUUUUUUUUGUAUCAGUUUAUUUUUGUUUAUUUUUUAUAUAUAUAGUACCAGUCAUUUGCAAAUCUACUACACAAAAGAAAGACAUCGAAGAAAGCAUCUCCAAGUUGUGUUAUUUGUCUCUGGUAUACCUAGUAGGUAAAAAUGAUUUACUUUUCACUUAUUUUAACUUGGGAUGAUAUUUUUUUCAGGAAAACGCUCUUGAAGUGGAAGAAGAGAUAAAGAGAAAGUAGUGCUAGACAUAAUGAGGUAAGAAAUUUAACAAUAAAUUUUAUUUUUAACACCUCACGAAUUGCAAGGGCUGUCUUGUUUUAGAAUCAAGAGAAUAAUUAAUGGAUACCAUAACAGACAAUCCACGAGACAUGUCCCAAUAUAAAUAUACAGAAAUGUUUAUGUAAAAGCCAUAUGCAUGUAAAGUCAUUCCCCAUCAUUCCCUAUGAUAAGUUACCAUUUCCAAUCACACAUCAUUCACUAUGAUAAUCCAUCACACCACGUCAUUACUAGACAUCAGUCAACAAUAGUAGACAGAAUUCCCUGUCCGUAAACAUCAUUCCCCAUCACUACACAUCAUUAACUGUCACUAGACAACAUUCUAAAACAAUAGACAUCAUUCCAAGACAAAUGACAUCAUUCACCAUCACUAUAGACAUCACUCACCAUCACUAAACAUCAUUUAUCAUCACUAGACAUCACUCACCAUCACUAGACAUCAUUCACCAUUACUAGACAUCAUUCACCAUCACUAGACAUCACGCACCAUCACUAGACAUCACGCACCAUCACUAGACAUCACUCACCAUCAGCAGACAUCAUUUUCGGUCACUUGUCAUCAGUCAUCCUCACUAGGAAUCAUUCGCCAUCAGUAGACACGAAUCACCGACAGUUGACAUCAUAAGUACACUUCAUUCACCAUCAAUAGACAUAAUUAACUAAUUAACCGUCAGUAGACAUCAUUCACCAUCAGAAGACAUCAUUCACCACCAGUGGACAUCAUUUACCAUCAGAAGACAUCAUUCACUAUCAGCAGACAUCUUUCACCGUCACUAGACAUCAGUCAUCGUCACUAGACAUCAUUCACUAUCCCCAGACAUCAUUCACCAUCGCUUAA